AUAAGGACCUCGGCACGUGAGCAGCCUCUAUCUAGCGCUAGUCUUUUAUGGGCUAGCCUAAACUCCUUCAUUCUCGCCAAGCCUCCCACAGAACUUUUUCGAUCUUGCCUCGACGUCGAGAAGACAAACUGCGCAAUCGCAACUGUUUCCUAUCGCCAAUUUCAACGAAGAGACUAGCCCAUCAUGUCUCUCGUCAGCGGAGAGAAGUCGAACUUCCAGUUCAUCCUUCGUCUCCUCAACACCAACGUCGAUGGCAAGCAGAAGAUUAUGUACGCCUUGACCCGAAUCAAGGGUGUCGGCCGUCGCUACUCCAACCUGGUUUGCAAGAAGGCCGAUGUCGACUUGAACAAGCGUGCCGGUGAUAUCACCACUGAAGAACUCGAACGAAUUGUCACCAUCAUCCAAAACCCUACCCAAUACAAGAUCCCAGAAUGGUUCCUGAACAGACAGCGUGAUAUUGUCGACGGCAAGAGCUACCAGGUCUUGGCCAACGGUAUGGAAAGCAAGCUCCGUGAGGAUUUGGAACGCCUGAAGAAGAUCCGAGCUCAUCGUGGUCUGCGACACUACUGGGGUCUCCGUGUCAGAGGUCAACACUCCAAGACCACUGGCAGAAGAGGUCGCACUGUUGGUGUCAGCAAGAAGAAGGGUUAAGCGAUUGCUAUCAUGGACAUGUUUGCAGUCAAGUUUGGGGUUUCAUCGGGUGGAUUCGGCAAAGG